AACCCCCCCCCCCCAAACUUCCCCUUCCUUCUCUCCCUCCCUCCCUCCCUCUCUCAGAUCUUAACCUAAACAUUCUCAAACGGCAGCGUUUCUGCAACUUGCCGACUCCCAUUGUGCUCGUCUCAUCUUUUGAGAACAAACAACAACAACAACAACAAGAAGCAAGAUAGCAGACUCCAAAUCAAGAAAAGUGGCAUUUGGAAAAUCAGAUGUCUCAUGUGAGAUGAAGAGGAAGAGUACUCAUUUCAACCCCUGUUCUCGUCUCUCUCUUCUUAUCGCUUUAUUUUCUUUUCUUGGCACCGUAUGCCUCUCUUCUUCUCUCCACAUUUCCAGCCAUGGCGGGCUUACUGACCAGGAAGCCCACUACAUCCGGCAGCGCCAGCUUCUCUACUACAGGGAUGAGUUUGGUGACAGAGGGGAGAAAGUUGAUGUCGAUCCUUCACUCGUUUUCGAGAAUAGUCGACAGCGAAAUGCUUACAUAGCUUUGCAAGCUUGGAAGCAAGCUAUUCUCUCCGAUCCUUUUAAUCUCACCGCCGAUUGGGUUGGAUCUCAUGUCUGCAACUACACCGGAGUUUUCUGUGCUCCCGCGCCCGAUAAUUCUUCUAUCAUCACCGUCGCCGGCAUUGAUCUUAACCACGGUGAUAUCGCCGGCUACUUGCCGGAGGAGCUUGGCUUACUCACUGAUCUUGCAUUGUUUCACAUAAACUCUAAUCGUUUUUGCGGUACUGUUCCGCACAAGUUUCACAAGUUGAAGCUGCUGUUCGAGCUAGAUCUUAGCAAUAACAGGUUCGCCGGAAAGUUCCCGGGCGUGGUUCUUGAGUUGCCAAUGCUGAAAUUCCUAGAUCUGAGAUUCAACGAGUUUGAAGGAUCUGUUCCAAAAGAGCUUUUCGACAAAGAUUUGGAUGCCAUCUUCAUCAACCAUAACAGGUUCAGAUUCGAGCUCCCGGAUAAUUUUGGGAACUCUCCGGUUUCUGUCAUCGUACUGGCCAACAACAAGUUCCAUGGCUGCGUGCCGUCGAGCUUGGGGAACAUGUCGAAUCUAAACGAGAUUAUCUUAAUGAACAACGGCUUGAGAUCUUGUCUGCCGAAAGAGAUAGGCAUGUUGAAGAACCUAACGGUUUUUGAUGUGAGCUUUAACCAGUUGAUGGGGCCUUUGCCGGAGACGAUUGGCGGAAUGGUGAGCCUUGAACAGCUGAAUGUGGCUCAUAACAUGCUCUCUGGUAGCAUUCCGGCGAGUAUUUGUAAGCUGCCAAACUUGGAGAACUUCACGUACUCUUUCAAUUUCUUCACCGGAGAGCCGCCGGAGUGUUUGAGGUUGAAGGAUUUCGACGACAUGAUGAACUGCUUGCCGGCGAGGCCAAAACAGAGGUCAGCUGGUCAAUGUAAGGCAUUCUUAUCUCGGCCUGUGGAUUGUAAUUCCUUUAGAUGUUCUCCUUUUGUUCCCUCAUUGCCUCCUCCACCUCCUUCCCCUCCAAUGCCAAUCCCUUCACCACCACCAGCACCAGUUGUCUCUCCGCCUCCGCCACCGCCUUCUCCACUACCACCUCCACCCCCGCCGCCGCCCCCGCCUUCUCCUUCACCUCCCUCUCCACCACCACCACCACCUCCACCCCCUUCUCCACCUCCACCAUCUCCUUCUCCGCCCCCACCGUCUCCUCCGCCACCUUCUCCGCCUCCCCCAUCACCUCCACCGCCGUCCCCUUCACCCCCACCACCACCGCCUCCAUCUCCUCCGCCGCCUUCACCACCACCUCCAUCUCCUCCUCCACCCUCACCAUCACCACCACCUCCAUCUCCCCCUCCACCCUCACCAUCACCACCACCUCCAUCUCCCCCUCCACCCUCACCAUCACCACCACCUCCAUCUCCCCCUCCACCCUCACCAUCACCACCCCCACCACCUUCACCGUCUCCGCCACCACCAUACUGUGUCCAUCCCCCGCCGCCACCUCCACCACAUUCGCCCCCACCACCAUCACCAGUGUUUUCUCCACCACCACCGGUUCCGUACUACUAUAGCUCCCCACCUCCGCCAUCGCCACCUCACUCGCCUCCGCCGCCUCCACAUUCUCCUCCACCACCAGCCUAUCCUUACUUGUCGCCACCGCCUCCACCAACACCAGUCUAUUCUCCACCGCCCCCGGUACAUUCUCCCCCACCGCCACCUCCUUGUAUAGAGCCACCUCCUCCGCCGCCCUGUGUAGAGUAUUCACCACCUCCACCACCAUCUCCAACUCCUUACAAGCCGCCACCCUCACCAUCUCCACCGCCUCCACCGGUUCACAAAUCACCACCGCCAGUUCAUUACAGUCCACCACCGCCAGUUCAUUACAGUUCGCCGCCACCACCAGUUCAUUACAGUUCGCCGCCACCACCAGUUCAUUAUAGUUCACCUCCACCACCGUCCCCAUCACCACCACCUCCAAUCCCAUGCGUAGAGCCUCCGCCUCCUUCAUCACCACCGCCAAUUAUUUACGGGAGCCCACCUCCACCGGCUCCCGUAUAUGAGGGCCCAUUGCCACCCAUUCCUGGAGUCUCAUAUGCUUCACCUCCGCCUCCACCUUUCUAUUGAUUCUUUUGAGAAAUUUCCUCCUCUAACCUUUCGUCGAAAGCUCGAAAAACGGCUUCUUUUUCCUCUUCUUGUUCUUCAUAUUUUUUCUGGGAAAAUUCUUCUCUCUGGGCAAUUCUCGUCGCUCUUGGAAGAAGAAUAAAAAAAAAAAAAAGGAAACAGAUGAGAAAGUCUGUGCAGUUUGUAGAAUUCCAUUUCUGUCUUGCAAUGGUCUGUUCAACUGAUUGCUUGCGAAGGUCACAAAGAAGAGGAGAAAAAUUCGAUAUAUAUCUAUAUAUAUGUAGAGAGGAGAGGUAAGAGGAGAAAGUCUCUCCAUAUUUAUUCGAAUUGUUAUGGAUAUUUGAGUGGGUGAAAUAAAAAAUGGCAGAGAAAGAUUUUAGAUUGCAGAUAAAAUGUAUGUAUAGGGAUGAUUUGGAGACGAUCGGACCACCAUAAUCAAGGGGCUUACAAAAGCAGCAGCAGCUCUUCUCCUCUGCUGCUGCUGCUGGUUUGUGGGUUUUUUAUUAUCUUCUCCUUUCUUUUUAUUAUCAUACUUUUGUUAAUUUAUUUUGCUCUUUUCAUUUUAUAGUAUAAUCAUGAACAUUUUACUUGUAUUGAUUUCAGCAAUUCAGGUGAUUCCUUUCCCCAUGGCCAUUUUCAG